AACUAUUAUACUCACCUGGAGACGCUCGUGCUGACAGACGCCAUGUCUUGCUGGCCAUUGUUGGGCUUCCUGCUGUCAACGGCUUUUCGGCUUCUGAUGGCUGAUCCGCUAGCCCCGCCCAACAUCCACCAUAACGGCGGCGGUGGCAAUAACAGAACGGAGCAACUGGACGAUCUUCUGGCCGAAAUCGGUGACGUCACGUCGGGCAAUUUAGGCUCUUUGUGCAUCUCGCAGCAAUUCCGUUCGGUGCCCGUGUCCGUCAGGGUGGACGCAUUCGAAGCCGCCCGACAAAAAGCCGACAUGCUCGCCCGUCUUCUCCAAGAUCUUGGACAACUGGACAAUCAAGAAUUGCUCAAGUUGCUGAUUACGAGCGCCGUGCGGAGCGAGCGGACAAUCGAAACUUCACGUAUGGUCACAUUCACUAAGCCAACAGCACUCGCAUCAUCGGCUUCAUCAUCGCAAUCAAACGGUCUCAUUCGCGAACAAGGCAAUAUCGUCAAUCUCCUCUUUAUGGCCCACGCGACUCGUCCAGCUUCUCCUUACGCCGACCCAUCCGUCAAAGUCGAUUACAUCCAGCAGUCGGCAUCCAUCAACGCUUCCAUUCAACAACAGUCGACAACGCUGCCAAAGGCGACAUCCACCAGUUCCGGCAGCGUGUUGCUGGGCAACACGGCGCUGAACGAUCUGCCGUGGUUCGACGAUCCCUUCCGUUCGACUCCGCAAGCGGCGAAAGGUUUUCUAGCCAACUGGAACAAGUUCAUGAUCAAUUCGUCGAAUGUCACCUUUCUCGGAUGGUGGACGUUUCCGUAUUACCAGUGUUCCAGUCGCCGCUGGUUGCUCACGUACACCAUUCCGGUCACCAGCGUUUCUCCCACGUCUUCCACAGCUGCCGACCGGUUGGAUGGAUUGCUUACCGUAGACGUGUCCGUUUCGUCGAUGGACAUCAACCAAUGCGGCGACGGGCCGUCGUCGGUUGAGACAACAGCUGAUCAGCAAACAAUUACGCAUUUUAGUGGCACCCAUAAAUGUCACGAGACUAGCACCUGCCGAUUCGAGAGAGGUUACGGCUGGAUACGAGGUGGUUACACUUGCACCUGCUUACCCGGAUAUUAUUCGCCGUUUUUGAAAAAUGCCACUUUCAACGGAUCCCACGUCGAAUUGGCCUUUCGGAAUAAGUUGACCUUCAACAGCCCAGUGUACGACCAAUUGUACCGAUGUCUUCCAUGCUCCGCUGGAUGCGACGUCUGCGUCGAUGAUUCGCCAUGUUUGGCGCCUUACGACUGGCCCUUUAGGAUCGCUUUAUUGGCCAUUUCCAUGUCUUGGGUCUUGAUUUCCAUCGGUCUAAUGGGCGCCGUUUACAAGUAUCGACGCCUCAAAGUCUUCAAGGUGGCCAGCCCUACAUUUCUGUGUGUCACACUGCUCGGCUGCGCCAUUAUGUACGCAGAGAUGGCGGCCAUUUUUCCUGAACUGAACACGCCAGCAUGCGUUGCCACCAAGUGGACUCGUCAUAUGGGGUUUUGCAUCACUUUCAGUUCUCUUUUAAUGAAAACAUGGAGGGUAUCUCUUACUUAUCGAGUGAAAUCUGCGCACAAAUUGAAAUUGACUGAUCAGCAAUUACUUCAAUGGAUGGUACCCAUCAUGCUGGUGGCUACCGUUUAUCUGGGUGCCUGGACGGCUAGUGAUCCCCCUACCGGCGAAUUCAUUUUAACCGGGCCCACCAUGAAGUUCACACAAUGCACUUACAACUGGUGGGACCACAGCCUCGCCAUCGGCGAGGUGUUUUUCCUCAUGUGGGGAAUUCACGUGUGCUACUCGGUGCGACGUGCUGAAACGUAUUUUAACGAGACGAAACACAUUUCGUGGGCUGUGUACAACAUUGCCGUCACCAACAUCAUCUUCGCUUCAUUCCAUUUGCUGCUGUUGCCAAAUGUCGGGCCGGACAUGAAAUAUCUACUGGGUUUCGUUCGCACGCAGAUGAGCACGACGGUGACCAUCGCCUUGGUGUUUGGUCCAAAGUUUUAUCUGGUGGCGGUCGGGAGAGGAGAUGAACACGAUGCAAGGACCAAAGCACGUGGUGUGACGGCUUCCUUCUCGUUGAACGGACUCAGCUUGGCCAGCGGCAUGGGCGGAAGUUGCGCUGGAGCGGGCGGCGGAGUCCUCGUUGGUGGCGGUAUGACGGAAAACCUGGAGAACAGUGGCAAUCCGCCAGAACCCGACGAUCAACCCGUAGACCUCUACCGUGAAAACGAGGAACUAAAAGAACAAUUGCAAAAGCUGGCCGGCCACAUGGAGUUCAUGAAAAUCGUGCACAUGGGCGUGAAUAAUCCACACCUGAAACCGAAACCUGGCGGUUACUUCAGUCACGGCAACGUGGCAACAUCGGCCGCAGCGGCGGCUGUGGUUUCCGUAGCGGCCGCAACGUCCGUGGCGACGGUGGCGGCGCCAGGAAGCGGCCCUGGAUCGACCAGUCCAUCGACGGCGGGCGAAUCGAGUCUCUUGCAAAAACGGGGAGCUUCGCUACUCGAACCGGCCGUUGUGCAUUUCAAUUACGAGUCGGACGUCUUGCUGAGCCGCAAGAGCUCGUCGCGUCAAAUCCAGCCCAGCUCGCUGGGCGUCGUCGUCGACGAUGCCAACGUCCUGGACGAUUCGCCCACCGCCGAGCUUUUACCCAAUUCGGGCCCGUCAAAACUCUGACUAGUCGUCAAUAGUGAGGAGGUUUGGCUAUGAAAAAUGAAUGACGUCAUUGCGUCUGUGACUGUUUCUAUUGGAUGUAAUCGCCCGUCGAUUGGCAUGGCAUCCGAGACGUGUGCGAUGAUAGUAGCCAAUCCAAAGACACUGUCCUCCUCACUAUUGACUCGUUGUUUUUUUUUUAAUGUUACCAUUGCGCUGACUUGUAAAUAAUAGAAUUUUUGUUUUUUGCCAUUCAUUGACUAGCCGUUCUAAAUUUCGCUCUUCUGUCUCAUCCAUUUCUGUCGCACGCGUACACACUUAUAGAUGUCAAAGAGAAAAAAAACAAAACAAACAAAGGUAAUCAUAUUUUGAAGGCGAUUUUGUUGUUUGAUUUCACGCAUGUACACGCACAUUUCUAAAAAUAAAAAAAUAAAAAAUGGGGAAUCGGAUAAGAUAGAUGGGGGGAGGGAAAAACGGGACUGUACAAUCGAUUCACUGACAUUACAUACAAAUACAUACAAGAUCGGGAAAUAUACAUUAAAAAAAAAAACGUUUCCAUUGAUUUUUUGUGGCGUCUUAUUUCUUUAAAACACUUUUGAGAGCGGGAAAUUGACAGGAGGGAUGUCGCAGAGAAAGUUGUUCAUUCGAAUUUUCUGGAGAAUCAAUAAACAUUUGAAGAAGGAAA